AUGGCUGCCAUGGUAAGGCGUCGACGUCGUCGUAGGCAGAAUCUGCCGGUUUUAAGGCGCUCCCGUGUAUUUCGGGACCUCAGUAAUCCCUUAGAGAGUUUAGAAGAGGAAGAGAUCUUCCAGAGAUACCGUUUCACGCCAGCAAAUAUAUAUUUCAUUAUUGAUGGAAUCGGCGAGAGACUUCAAUCAGACACUGCCAGAAAUCGGGCUAUUCCCCCACUUAUCAAAGUCUUGUUGUUUUUACGUUACGUGGCUACAGGAGCUCACCUGCGUCUUAUUGGAGACAGUUUAAAUGUUUCUGAGUGCAGCGCUGGAAGGGCAGUUAAAUCUGUUGCCAAGGCCAUCAUUGAUGUUUUUAUCAAUUUGAUACAAUUCCCCGUCGAUGAAAUGGCUACCAAAGUCAAGGAGGGUUUCAGGAGAAUUGCAGGUAAAUCGCCUAGAAAUUUGAAAAUGAAAAUGAAACUAGGCCUUUACAGAUCGUUUCAAAUUGUGGAUGGAUUUCCCAAAGUUAUUGGAUGCAUUGAUGGGACCCAGAUAAGAAUUUUGGCACCAUCAGUUAAUGAACCUGAUUAUGUCAACAGGAAGGGAUUUCAUAGCCUCAAUGUCCAGAUGGUGUGUGAUCCAGCUUUUCGAGUGACCUCACUUUGUGCCAGAUGGCCUGGAUCAUGUCAAGAUUCAAGAAUUUUUAGAAAUUCCCAUCUUUGCCAACAGUUUGAAAAUGGGUUGCAUGAUGGUAUUUUGGUUGGAGAUUCUGGGUACCCCCUCACAAGAUACUUGAUGACACCCUAUCUGACACCUUCAACCCAAUCUGAGGAGAGGUUCAAUACCAGUCUUUGCAGAACACGAGUUCUGAUUGAGCAGACUUUUGGCAUCAUAAAAAGAAGGUUUCAAGCACUCCAUGUGGGUUUCAGAGUUUCCCCAGAACAGUCGGUAGAGUACAUUACGGCCUGUGUUAUUCUCCACAAUCUGGGAAUUGAAAGAGGUGAUAUCUGUGUGCAGCAGAAUUGUGCAGACAUUGAUGUGACUGCAUGUAUUCAACAGUAUGUGCAGGAACCAGGACGUGACCGUAAUGAUGGCAUUAUAAAGAGAGCAACAAUCACACAAGGGUUCUUUUAAAGGAUAUAUACUGUGAAUAACCUUGAACUGUCGUUUUUGUUAUUUAAUAAAAACACGUACUGUAAAGUUGUAAGUGAAAAUAUCCAUUUAAUAUUCACCUCAUUUAAUUAUGACUACAACUACUUAUAUAACUUUAACAAUCGGCCCAUGGGCCACAUCACUGAAUUAAUGAACAAUAUAAACAACUCAAAAACAACUGUAAUCAACACAGUAUGAUUUUUCAAACGGUAAUUUGUAAAUUUAUGGUACAAGAUAUAAUUCUAAAAUCAUUUUAUCUUAAGAUAAUCCACUAUAUCCACCUGUUAGACAAUCCGGUAUAAAUUAUAUAAA